AUGGGAUACUCUGACACACUGACCUUUGUUGAGGUGCGCUCUUACGCUGCAUUCAAGUGGUGUCGGAAGACCCGUCUUGCCAAGUUGUUUUUCCCACACCGUCAGUUCAUCGCGUUCUUGGAGGAAACUGAUGCAGAGCACCAUGACCUACUUUAUCACUCCCGUGUCCGCUGGUUAAGCUUGGGAAAAGUGCUUCAACGAGUGUGGGACCUCAAAGAGGAGAUCGGUGCAUUUUUGGAGCUACUGGGGAAGGCCGACGAAUUUCCUGAGCUGAGCAACAAGAACUGGCUUUGUGACUUUGCGUUUGCUGUGGAUAUAUUUUCACACAUGAAUGAGCUGAACGUGAACAUACAGGGGAAGGAUCGGUUUGUGCAUGACCUGUACACAAGCGUGAAAGCCUUCAAAGCCAAACUGGCUUUAUUUUCCAAGCAAAUCCUAAAUGAGUCAUUCACUCAUUUCCCCACACUAGCUACACUGAAAGAGGAGGCUGGCGCAAAAGUUAAGAAAUACAGCGAGACACUGGAUGCGCUCCACAAAGAAUUCUGCCGUCGCUUUGUUGAUUUUGAGAAAAUUAACAAGUCACUUCAGUUGGUGGCCUGUCCCCUGUCACAAGACCCCGAAACAGCACCAGAAGAGAUGCAGCUGGAACUGAUAGACCUUCAGGCUGAUGCUGUCUUGAAAGAGAAGUUCAACUCUCUUAAACUGAAUGACUUUUAUGCGUCACUUAAUGAAGCGGUGUUUCCAAACCUCCGGAGGACGGCACAGAAGAUUCUGGCGUUGUUCGGCUCGACCUAUGUGUGUGAACAGACGUUCAGCGUCAUGAACUUCAACAAAGCCAGCCACAGAUCCAAUUUGACUGACCAACACCUCAGAUCCAUCCUGAGAAUCGCCACAACAAAACUGACUCCAGACUUUGAUGCGCUUAGUGAUGAAGGCACUGAUGUUAAUCAAUCAGAGAACAGUGAUGACAGCACAACAUUAGGAGGAGGAUCUGAAAUCAAGUCUCCAGAGCCAUCCCUGAGCAAACACAAAGGAACCUCAGAUGAGGACAUGACUGUAAAUAAGGAGAACAUCAGUGGAAACAUGGAGAUGACAACAAAGGUUUCUGAAGAAAUCAAAAAGAAAAAGCCAUGUCACAGAGAAACAGAGACACUGCUUGGCAGACUUCACCUUGAAGACAGACUUGAUCAGAAGUUUCCACCAGCAGGUUUUCUUCAAAUACAUCCACCUGUGAAACAGCACCAUGUCACAUCUGAGAAAGAUCUAGCUCACACUUUUCUCCAAAGGCUGAUGAUGUUAGAUUACAGGGCCAGAUAUAUUCCUGUAACACCAGACAGUCCUGAGGGGACCCAUCCAAUGCCUGUUAGGAUAACUGACAUCACUGUGAAAGAUUUCAGUGAUUUGGGGGCUUUAUUGAGAAGCAGGGCAGACACACAUCAGACACAACAGACUCAUGUGCAUCCAAUGGACAUUCAGAUGGCAGUAUUUCACUGCUCAGAUAGCUUUCUUAAACAGAGGAUGAUUACAAAGCUGUCCCACUGUCAGUAUGCCUUACCUUUGCUUGUUCCUGACCCAGUCACAAUGGAGAUCGAGUGUCCUCUGUGGACUUUCAGACCAAUAACAAAGACCUGGAAGGUAAUUCAAAUCAAAGAAGACUCAAGCAUUGUUAGAGUGAAAAGUGUUCCAGUCUGCAAGGCUGAGACACCCUUGGUGUCCUUUUUCCGCCUGGGUUCACUGUCAGUGUCUAAAUCUCAGCUGAUGAACACUUUGAUCAACGACCGUCACAGCACGUUCUUCCACAGAAACUGCCCAGGAAGCACCAAAUCUCGCCAUCUGAUGGAUGGUGUUGCAGAGAUUGCCUGGUACUGCCCUGCUGGAAAACCCAAUGAUGCCUUCAAUGACUGCAUUGCCUUUUGUAAUCUUCAUGGUGAUGCUCUGUUGGUUGAAACACAGCGUGAAAUACUGAUUGAAAAAUCUUCCAUCAAUAUUUUUCUUAUUGCAUCUCUGCAAAAACAAGACAAAGAAAGCUGUUCGCUUAUAUCAGCUCAUUUUGAGUCUCAGAAGCCUCUCAUUUGUCUCUGUGUUGAUGACAGCUGUGAUGUUGUUAAGACAACAACUGGAAAAUACAUCAUGGGUCUCAAAGACAGAAGCCAGUCAGAUGUAUCUGAAGAACUGAAAAAGAUCAUUAGAGAAGUUUUAUCUUCUCUAGAUGGUUCCCACUUGAAAUCAUCCUUCCAGCUUGAAACCAUGGCUGAGCUCUCUGGAAUCAGAGUAGAUGAAACUGACCCAGCCUGUCAAAAAGGGAAAUCUGCUGCUGUGAAAAUAAUGGAUCUGCUUACAAAGGAUAACAUGGAUGUCUCAAAGAUCAAACAUGAAUUUCUCCCAUGUCAAGGUCAUCUGUGGGAUCAGUGGAGCAAAAUACACAAAGAACUGUUUCAUCUCAGAGGAGACAUUGAAAAGCAGAAAAGUAAAAAACAACAGGAACUGAUGAACAUACGUCAGGAACAAUGUGCUGCUUCCUGCAGUAAACUGAUGGAGUUGUUUAUUGAAAGCCUCUCAUCAUUGCCACUGACAGAAAAAGUGUAUUUCCUGACAUGGAUUCAGAUUUUCAUGGAUACCCUCUCCACAGACACUCUUUCCUCGGUUCUGUGUAACUAUGAUAAAAAGUGGUCUGAGGUCUUGGCUUUGAAGAAUAAACAUGAUAAAUCAGGUCUGUUAUUAAGGAAACAAACUGAGCUUGGAGAAAUAUCCAAACAACUGCAGUCUGCCACUUUUGGUUUGGAGCACAUCUUCAGAGAAAUGGGACAGAUCUAUGAAGCCUACAGAGCAAUAGAAGGAGAGAGCAGACACAGUGACUGGUCUAAAUACCCUGAGCUGGCUGCACAGCUGAUGAUAUCAGGACACCCAGUGGAGCUGAUGGAUGGUGAUGUAGGCCACGUGCCUUUAACAUGGAUCUCUAGUCUUUUAGAGGAAGCCAUCAAAAAACUGGGGGACCAGACAGUUUUUGUGUUGUCAGUUUUGGGCCUACAAAGCAGUGGAAAAUCAACAAUGCUGAACACCAUGUUUGGACUGCAGUUUGCAGUGAGUGCUGGCAGGUGCACCAAAGGUGCCUUCAUGCAGCUGCUCAAAGUAUCAGAGGAGAUGAAGAAAGACUUUAAGAUUGACUAUGUACUCGUGGUGGACACUGAAGGACUGCGUGCUCUUGAGCUGGAAGGUAACGCCACUCGUCAACAUGACAAUGAACUGGCAACAUUUGUUGUUGGUUUGGGAAACUUGACAUUGAUCAACAUCUUUGGAGAGAAUCCAUCUGAGAUGCAAGACAUUCUGCAGAUUGUUGUUCAGGCUUUUAUGAGGAUGAAGGAAGUUAAACUUUCUCCCAGUUGUGUGUUUGUUCACCAGAAUGUUACAGAUGUUGCAGCAGCAGAGAAAAACAUGGAUGGAAAGAGACGCCUGCAAGAAAAACUGGACCAGAUGGCCAAACUAGCAGCUGAAGAGGAGGUUUGUAAUGCAGAGUGCUUCAGUGAUGUCAUUGAAUUUGAUGUACAAAAAGAUGUGAAAUACUGUGCCCAGCUGUGGGAGGGCAGUCCACCCAUGGCUCCUCCAAAUCCAGGUUACAGUGAGAGCAUCCAAGAUCUGAAGAACACCAUCCUCUCUAAAGCUUCAAAGUCUCCUGGGAUCACUCUGUCACAGUUCAAAACCAAAGUUCAGGACCUGUGGAAUGCUCUCCUGAAUGAAAACUUUGUUUUCAGUUUUAAAAACACACUUGAAAUUGCAGUGUACAGAAAACUAGAGGCUCAGUAUGGAAACUGGACCUGGACCCUGAGAAGCAACAUGUUGGCCAUUGAAAACCAACUUCAUAACAGAAUUGAAAAUGGAAAUCUUGACAAGGUGGAGGUGAUUUAUCUUAAAAAAGAAUCGAACAAAACACAUGAAACAAUCAGAAAAGCAAUGACAACAUACUUUGAGGAUGACAAAGAGAACGAAAUGUUGGUUCAGUGGAGAGGCCGAUUUGAAACUAAAGUCAAAGAGUUUCGUAAUGAACAGGUGAGCACAGUGAAAAGAAAACUGGAUGAAGUUAUUGAGCAGAAGAAGGCUCGUAAGAAGCUGGAUGAUAAGAAGACAGAGUUUGAGGACAAGCUGCUGCAAAAGAGCAAAGAGCUCGCUCAGCAGCUGAAGGAUAAGGCCAAAGAUGAAGAGGAGCUUAAAAAACACUUCAGCUCUGUUUGGAGAGGCUGGGUUACUGAAUUAACAGCAGAUACUAAACCUGUUGAAGACAUUAACCUGGAAAAAGAUCAAUUUACUGUCCUUGAAGAACUUGGUUUUGAAGUGACUCUCAUAAAUGAAUGUAAACAAAAUGGCAAAUACAAGAACAUACCAUGGUUUGGUGAUUAUUCAAAUUAUGUAAAACUGCAAAAAAUUCUGGCAAUUUUGCCAUCAAAUAAUAGCAGAGAGUUGGCUGCUAGACUCUCAGAAGAAAUUCAAAAUGAACAAUGA